CCACUCACUCGGCUCGCGCUCACACACAGUCAGUGCUCGCGCCGCGGUGCGCUCGGUUUUGUCCGCCGUGUUCGUCGCUCGAGGCUCCGGCCCGGUGUCCGCCCGGCUCCCGCUGCUGAGACCCGUCAGAGAAAUGUGCGACCCGUGUGCGGAGGAGGCGACAGACAGCAGCUUCAGUAAAACAGAUAAACCAUCAUGAUUCCCAUCACAGAGCUCCGGUACUUUGCUGACACCCAGCCAGCGUACCGCAUCCUGAAGCCAUGGUGGGACGUUUUCACCGACUACAUCUCAAUCGUCAUGCUGAUGAUUGCAGUGUUCGGCGGGACGCUGCAGGUCACACAGGACAAGAUGAUCUGCCUGCCUUGCAAGUGGGUCGUCAACAUGUCCUGCAAGACCAUGCCACUCCCGAACAUGACCACCACCUUCGUACCAGAACCCAAAGGCAUUCAGUACGACCUCGACCGACAUCAGUAUAACUACGUCGAUGCUGUCUGCUACGAGAACAAACUACACUGGUUUGCUAAAUAUUUCCCCUAUCUGGUGCUACUCCACACUCUCAUCUUCUUGGCCUGCAGCAACUUCUGGUUCAAGUUCCCCCGCACAAGCUCAAAACUGGAGCACUUUGUUUCCAUCCUCCUCAAGUGCUUCGACUCACCUUGGACAACAAGGGCUUUGUCUGAGACCGUGGUGGAGGAGAGCGACCCCAAACCUCUGGGAAAGAUGAACGGUUCGAUGGACAAGAAGGCCUCAAGUGUGAGCGAGGAUGUUGAGGCUAGCGUGCCCAUGCUCCAACGAACAAAGUCCAGAAUUGAACAAGGAAUUGUGGAUCGCUCUGAAACCGGAGUUUUAGAUAAAAAGGAGGGAGAGCAGGCCAAGGCCUUGUUUGAGAAGGUGAAGAAGUUCAGAAUCCACGUGGAAGAGGGUGAUAUUGUGUACCGCCUGUACAUACGUCAGACCAUCAUCAAAGUUAUUAAGUUUAUACUGAUAAUCAGCUACACAGCCUACUAUGUAGGGUACAUCAGGUUCAGUGUGGUGUGCUCAGUAAACAUUGAGAAACUAACUGGGUACAGCAUGUUCCAUUGUGCUCACCCUUUAGCAACACUUUUCAAGAUUUUGGCCUGUUUCUACAUCAGCUUGGUGGUAGUCUACGGUCUAAUCUGCAUGUACACUCUUUGUUGGAUGCUCAGCCGCUCCCUCAAAAGAUACUCCUUUGAAUCAAUCCGCGAAGAAAGUAGCUACAGUGACAUCCCCGACUUAAAGAAUGACUUUGCCUUCAUGCUGCACAUGAUAGAUCAGUAUGACCCUCUCUACUCCAAGCGCUUUGCUGUAUUUUUGUCAGAGGUGAGUGAGAACAAGCUGAGGCAGCUGAACCUGAACAAUGAGUGGACAUUGGAGAAGCUGAGGCAGCGGAUCACCAAGAACUCCCAGGAUAAGCUGGAGCUGCACCUGUUCAUGCUCAGUGGGAUUCCAGACACAGUGUUUGAUUUGGUUGAGCUAGAAGUGCUGAAGCUGGAGCUUAUCCCAGAUGUAACUAUUCCCCCAAUCAUCGCCCAGCUUUCCAACCUGAGGGAGAUGUGGCUCUAUCACACACCAGCUAAAAUCGAGGCUCCAGCUCUGGCUUUCCUGAGGGAGAACCUGAAGUCUCUGCACAUCAAGUUCACUGACAUCAAGGAGAUCCCACUGUGGAUCUACAGCUUGAAGAACCUCAGUGAGCUCCACCUAACUGGGAACCUGAGCGCUGAGAACAAUCGUUACAUCGUCAUCGAUGGGCUCAGAGAGCUCAAAAGUCUCAAAGUGCUCCGCCUGAAAAGCAACCUCACUAAGCUUCCACAGGUGGUGACGGAUGUGGGCGUGCACCUUCAGAAACUCUCCAUCAAUAAUGAGGGGACCAAGCUCAUGGUGCUCAACAGCCUGAAGAAAAUGGUUAACCUGACAGAGCUCGAGCUCGUUCGAUGUGAUCUCGAGCGCAUCCCGCACUCCAUCUUUAGUUUGCACAACCUCCAAGAGAUCGACCUGAAGGACAACAACCUGAAGACAAUAGAAGAGAUCAUCAGCUUCCAGCAUCUGCACCGGCUCGUGUGCCUGAAGCUGUGGUACAACCAGAUCGCCUAUAUCCCCAUUCAGAUCGGUACCCUCACCAACCUCGAGAGGCUGUAUCUGAACAGAAACAAGAUAGAGAAAAUCCCCAGCCAGCUGUUCUUCUGCCGCAAGUUGCGUUUCUUAGACCUGAGCCACAACAAUCUGACCAGCAUCCACGCUGACGUGGGCUUCCUCCAGAACCUGCAGUACUUUGCUGUGACAGCCAACAGGAUCGAGACUUUGCCCCCGGAGCUGUUCCAGUGUAAGAAACUGCGCACUCUGAAUCUGGGAAACAACUGCUUGCAGACGCUGCCAUCACGCUUCGGAGAGCUGACCGGGUUGACCCAGCUGGAGCUCAGAGGGAACCGUCUCGAGUGUCUCCCGGUAGAGCUCAGCGAGUGCCGGCUGUUGAAGAGGAGCGGCCUGGUGGUGGAGGAAGAUCUGUUCAACACGCUGCCGUCGGAAGUCAAAGAGCAGCUUUGGAGGGCUGAUAAGGAGCAAGCUUGAACCAAACCGCUGCAGAGGCAAAAGUUUGAUUAGAGAAACAAACAAGCAGUGAUUUUGUUCAUAAAGCCUGGCUGACCUCGAGAGAAAUGCCGCAGCAUUGGCCAUGCAGACGCUGAAAAAAUGAUGGCUUGUUGUUUGUUUGAUGAAGCAGGGAUAUCAGAUUCCAAGACCUCCGAGGAUGGCUUUUUUGGAAAUGACUAUUCUCACGCUUUUCAAGGACAAAUUUCAUAACCGAGCUCGGUGAUGAAAGUUGUUUCAGUGAAGUGGCUUUUCUGUGUUUCAUCAUGAUUACAAAAGACACAAGAAUGCAGGCAGGUGAGGUGGAAUAUGCAUGCCACUGUAGGAUCUUUCUAAAGCAAACCUGUUUUUAGAGAGAGCCAAAAAAAAAACAUAGAAAAACUUCGCACGAUUCAGCCUUGCAAGUGAACCCUAAUGUGCUCACUGUCACUACUUUGCCACAGGAUACAUGCACAAAUUGAACAUACUCAAAGCAGUGUUUGCCUGACCAUUCUUUGGCCUUGAGACUCAAAAUUGACUACGUUUGUAGUGGCAUUGUGUUGCUGUGUGGCUCGCAAUAUUCGCAGAUGUAAAGAAAAAAUACAGUGUGACUGAUGGCUAGUUCAUUGGGGCAUGAAGAUUUGGCCCCGUUACUUUCUUUAGGCUCUCCUUACGCUCGAUCUGCUUGGAGGCAUCUUUUUAUGGGAACAAAGGGACUCUGAUGAAGAUUAACAAAUUGUCCGACAGGUGAUCUCACAGCUUAGGCCUUAACUCGGAAGACAGAUGGAAACGACUUCAAAGAAAAGCUGUCAAAUAUUCAGUGAACACAAAUGGGAACACACUCCACAGUACAAUGUCUAAAUACCCCGCAGUCGUUCAUUUAUAACAUCGGCCUGUGUGGCAGGUUGUUUGUUAACUGCAUGGGGAGCUAUAGUGGAGAAAUCCACCGUUCUGCUUCAAGUCUUCGUUUUGCUUCACUAAACAUCGUCAUAAAUCUGGCGUGUGACACUGGCUUUACCUUAUCUUACAUGACUUAACAUCACACACAUUACACACGUCUUACUGAGCUGUGAGGUGGGCUUUGAACCAGGUGGAGGGGCCUGUUUUAUUUUAAAUCUUACCAUACGUUGGUAUCAUGUUUGGGCCUUUGUGACAGGCUGUAUUGUGAUUCAGUGAGUGACUAAAUGCCACAUUAUGUGCAAUCUUGAUUUAUUUUUUUUGUUCUGUUUGUGCUUUUUUAAGCUACUUCCUUCGACGUAUACAUGCAGUCAGACAUCUUAAGUGACCUUUGUUUAAUUCAAGGCUUAAUAUAUUUUGCUUUACGUACUAGAUUGUAGUUUUACAUUGUGUACGCUGCUCAUGAUAAGUUAGCUGUGCCUGUGUUAAGGCUACAGAGACACAAGCAUUCAGACAGCUCCCUGGCACAGUUGAUUUCUUUCGGGUUUUGCUUUUCAAAUUAAAAUAUAUGCAAGCUUGCACAAUGCUAAUUAUGGAGCAGACAGAUGAUAUAUUACAUUAAUUACAUAAACAAGAAUCAAGGUACUUUUUUUAUUCUCAGUAUGCGUUUGAUGAGCUGCAGUGGUUAUUACCGAUGUGGCCUCUCCAAGCGUAUGAACUUCAGAUGUGAAACAGGAGAGUCAGGUACUGUUAGUCUGAAAAAGUGAAGUGUUUACUCAAGUGUCCGGUUGUUUGUACGCUAGCCCUUAAAGUAAAUUUAUCGUGCUCAGUUUAUUCCAGGAAAAAAGGUGGACUUUUUGGCAUGUGUUUAUCCAUUCAAGAGGCAGAUGAGGACAAACGGGAAAUUGGAGAGUGCAGGAAACUGGUUUUGACCGACCUAAACAAGGGAAACAUUUAUUUGUCAAGAGAGAAAUUAGUGCAACAUGCUUUGUGUGCUUGAAACACUUUUCUUGUUAAGACCUUGGAUUUAAUAGCAUCAUUUGGAGUAAAUCUAUGUUUACUCCAGCCAGGCAUCCCUUGUUGCUAAUAUGGCCUUAGCUUUUACAAGCUGUAUACCCCGUUAAAGAUCCCAAACAUCAUAGUCAUGGCUUGUUUUUUUCAUUUCGUGCUGUAAAAUGUAUAGCUGAAAUGUUUAAUGUCUUUGUUUCAUGUGUAUCGGUCAUGCAGCAUGAGCUCUUAUUCUUGCCAGCUGUUUCUUUUUGAUUUUGGCUUUUUAAGAGAUUUCAAGGAAGCUUCAGCGUAAUAACACAAUUGCACCUUUGUUCACAGUGGAUUUUGUUUCACUGAGGCCUUGGCCAAAUCAGAAUGCCCUUCCAGGGGUCACCAGUAAAGUGCUCCCACAGUCUUAAAGUGCAGAAAAGGGAGCCUCAGUCUGGGAUGUGUUGACUAGCAACCAGUUUAAAAGUUGGAAGCAAAGGUCACAGAUGACAUCAGAGAAAAGCAGUAAAUGAAAGGAAAUCUCAGCUUAUCCAGCAUGUAUAGACUUUGUAAACAUAAUUGAUAAAAUGACAAAUUCAUCACAGUUAGUCUGCUCUGGUUUAAUUUUUAUGGUGCCAAUUAAGAGUGAACACGUCUUUUUAAAGAAACACUUCAGAGAGUAGCUGCUGACAUGUUGGAUGCCAAACCGGCAAGUAAUUUAGGCAAAUGUUUAUUGUGCUGUCGCAGGCCAUUGGACAACUUCUAUUUCACUCAAAAGUGAAUCUGAUAUUGUAACAUGGCUCAUUGUUGUGGUGCAGUGCAGUUGCCAGCGCUGCUCACACUGUCUCCCUAUUGCAGUACAGUGUCACUCUAGGACACUGAUGCCAUUCACAUUGAGUUAUUGAGUGUAUUUUGGCCUUAACAUGCUGGUCAUGUCGUUAGAGGUUGUAUAGUCACUACAAAAUGUAUAUAUAUUUUUUUUCUCCUUAUUUUUAGGAGAAGUUCUGACCUGUAUCUAACUCAAAAUUCAUCCUCGGUGGAGCAUUUACAUCAGUAAUACUGUGGAAGACGGACAGUGCCAUAGAAGCGUUUCUCAGGGUGUCACUGGGAACUCAUUCACACCUUAUUAGAAUGGUUGGAUUUGCCAAAACUGCUACAUACAUGUAGAUAUACAAAUAUAUCUGGCAUUGUUUGAGACACAUCUGUAAUCAGGACUCACUUUGUCCUGCUGACACAAAUAUUUGUGGCGUUUAAUUGCCUCAGUCAUACUUUCUGACCUCUGGAUCUAUGACUCAGCUGUACAGUCCGUCACCGUCACUUCCCACUGAGUCACCAGAUUGACUUGCGGCCCACCUCCCUUUCCUGCAUGUCAGCGUUAGUGAAUCUGGUGGCGCUCUGGGAUAAGGUCAGUCAGACAUUAGCGAAAAAACCAAAAGAAGGAAGUGUGACUAAUACAUGAUCCUUGGUUACGAGAAGACUUUAGCACUUUUUAUGUACCUAGAAUCAUGUCAGAAGUGGCCUGUUUUCUUCUGAUCAUGUUAAGUAAAUGUCAGUCACAACAUGUAAAAGGAUUAUUUUUUUCAUUCUGUGCAAAUUGUUUUGCAUUUAACUUCUGCCUUCUUUUUGUUUAAGUGCAAAUUAUCACUAUGUUUGUGUGUUAUGUCUGCCUUAAGUUGUGUUGUUAAUGUGAAACUGAAUGAUCGACCACCUUACUCUUGCACAGAACUGACUUAUUUGGAUCCACAGAAGGUUUUACAGCUGCUGGUAUUUUUGGACACGACUUCUGACAACAGGACAGGAUUUCACAACUGAACAGAAACAACUCUUGACAAUCUAACUUACUGUAAACGGAGGUGAGCUCACCCUCCAGUGUGGGCAUUGUGUACAACAGUACACAUCAUGUGUUAAUAUCUAAUAUUUCUGCAGAGUGUACAUUUCUGGGACAGUCACAACGUCAUUUCAUUUUUAAUCCCUGCAAAUUUGCAUUAUUCUUAAACUGCCACGAUUGCAUUGCAUUGACAUCUAAUCUCUACCUAUGUAUAAAAUGUUUAUUUAAAUACAUGAUUGUAUUUGCUAUGUACAAUGAAUUCAUCUCUGUAUUCUGAUGCCUGUAGAUCAGGGAUAUAUGAAAACAGUUGGUUGGUUUCCUUUAUCCGGUGUCAUAUUCAUUUCACUUUGAAGCAUGGGUUUGUUGAUGCUGAUCUUGUGCGCAUUAUAGCCAUACUGAAAGCCACCCACGUAACCCCGAGCAACAAUCAUGUCGAAUACGAACUGCAAGCUGGACGGACAGACUCGUUUCAUGCAGCACCGUCUGUAUCACACGUGACAAGGCCUUUAUUAAUUAAUUGUUGCCAAGUGGACUGAACACUGGCUUUUUAAGCGGGACGUCUGUAACACAUGGACAACUGAACUUUGAUUUCCUAAUGUUCAGACCCUACUUUUGUACCGUUCUGACACGUGAUAAUAAAAUUAACACUUAACACUAAA